AUUUUUUUCUUCUAAAAAAUACCAGUGGGGGGAGUGAGCUGCAACUGCAAAGACUUAAUUUUUCCCUUCUACAUCUUCAAAUUGAACUUCUCAUUUUCUCUUAGGGUUUCGUCUUCUUCUAUGAGAAUUGUGGAUUAUAUCUUACGAUUUUUCUGCUUAUGAGUUUUUAUUAGUUAGUAGAUCUUUGUGAGGGCCUUUAAAAUCAUGAAGCUUUGAGUCAUAAGCGUGUUCGCUAAUGCAAAAGUUUGUAAAAUUGUUUUUCUUCAAUUGGCUCGGUUACUAUUUUGAUGGUGUGCUGUAAAUUGGGUUGAGGAAGUGACCGAGCUGGGACUCCAGCUGUAAUGGGUGAGGAAGGUGUGGUGUCGGAAAAGCUCGAGCCUGUGGGUAAUGUGAAAGUGGAGGUUGAAGAAAAGGCCGAUGCCGGGGGAAAGACUGAGGCUGGAAAAGAUACGAAAUGGGAGCAGCCUGAUGGGGUGACAGAAAUGGAAGAGGGUAAACAGGAUGAAGAGAAAACCGAGGCUCAGCAAAUGGAUGUAGAUAAAGAAGAGGCCAACGGGGAGAAGGCAGAGAGUGAAAAGGUAACAAAAGAAGAAGGAAGUGAAAAAAUAGAGAAGCAAGAAGAGACUCACGCUGAUGAAGAAGAGCAUGAAGCUGUCAAAGAUGAUGGAGGAAGGGAAGAAUUUAAGGAUGAAAAAAUGGAGGAAGAAGCUGAGGAGGAUGCGGGAAAAGUGACUGAGGAAAAGGUUGAGAAGGAGGAUGUAUCUAAAGAAGAGGAAGAUAAGCGAGAAGAGACUGAAGUGCUUGAUGAGGAAAAGCAUGAAACUGUUAAAGGUGAUGGAGGAAAGGAAGAAGUUAGGGAUGAAAAAAUGGAGGAAGAAGCUGAGGAGGAUACGGGAAAAGUGACAGAGGAAAAGGUUGAGGAGGAGGAUAUAUCUAAAGAAGAGGAAGAUAAUAAGCCAGAGGAGGUAAAGGAAGCGAAAGGCUCAAGGAAGCGCCCUAGAUCGAAAACUGGUGGUCGGAGAGGGGACAAGACUACGAAAAAGGAAAUUGCAGAGGUGGAAAAGGAACCUGAAAAGGCGGAGGAGCAGAUAACCCCAGCUAAGAAGAAGACAAAAGAACCUAAGUCCUCAGUAGAGAAAAGGGAAAUUGAGCCCAAAACGCCCUCGUCUUUUUCUAGUGAACGUCCUGUACGCGAAAGGAAAUCUGUGGAAAGAUUGGUUGCUACUAUUGAGAAGGACACCUCUAAGGAUUUUCGUAUUGUAAAGGGUCGUGGAACUGCACUGAAAGAUAUUCCAAAUGUGGCGUAUAAAUUGUCAAGAAAGAAGACUGAGGAGACUUUCAAAAUGCUGCAUAUGAUACUUUUUGGUAGGAGAGGAAAGGCUGCUCAAGUGAAAAACAACAUUUCGAGAUUUUCUGGAUUUGUUUGGCAUGAUAAUGAGGAAAAGCAAAUGAACAGACUCAAAGAAAAACUUGACAAGUAUGUCAAGGAGAAACUUCUAGAGUUCUGUGAUGUCCUUGACGUUCCAAUUUCAAAGGCUAGUGCAAAGAAGGAGGAUAUCAUUGUAAAGCUGACGGAAUUUUUUAUGGAACCUCAUGCUUCAACCUCUGAUUUGCUUGCUGAAAAAGAGCAGGGAGCAAAGAGAAAGAGGAGUAGCAAACCUGCAUCAGGGAGUACUACGCCAUCUAAAGGUUCAGUUAAGAGUCGAAAGAAAGUUGAGAGUGAUUCUAAAAAUCGUGGGGAGGCAAAGAGUGCUUCUCCUGAAUCAGAAGAUGAAUCUGAACAAGAUAAAGGUGAAGAUUUGAAUGGUGAUCAGGACGGAUCAGAAGAGAUGUCUGAUGCAAGCGAGGAGAUAGGAAGUGAAUCUGAAGAGGAGUCAGAUGAGGACAAAGGGAAGAAGAAAGCAGGUUUGGCAAAGUCUUCUAUUAAAAAAGGCUCUUCUGAGAAACCCAAAACAAAGAAAGUGACAAUCUCAAAAAAGACCAGCCCACCACCCAAGAAAUUACCAGCAAAAUCACCAGACCGCUCUAAAAGCAAUAAUAAUUCAAGUUCAAAGAAGUCUUCAGUUAAGAAGAAGGAUGAAACAGUGAAGAAAUCAUCAAUUCCAAAGAAGUUGCCAUCAAAUGACAGCCCUGGGAAGAAAGUUCUGAAAAUAAAACAGAAACCCAAGGAGGAGACACUAGAGCCAAGUGAUGAUGAUCUUAGAAACUCAAUCUGUAAGAUCCUCCAGAAGGUUGAUUUCAAUACGGCUACAUUCACUGACAUUUUGAAGUUGCUUGCAACGGAGUUCGAUACCGAUCUGGCAGCGAGGAAAUCGACAGUAAAGCUGAUGAUUCAGGAAGAGCUAACAAAACUAGCGGAUGCGGAUGUCGAUGAAGAGGAUGAAGGAAAUGCAGAGAAGGAUGAAAAAGCUCCUUCUGGUAAAGGUGUCAAGGCAACGUAGUGUACACUAACUGAAUACCCUUUUUUCUGUAGUACUGUUGUAAUGUAUGAGUGUUACUGUUUAUCGAGCAAGGCAGCUGUAAUUUAUCAACGUUAGCUAGCAUUGUUAAUUGCUUACUCAGGUUCCUUAGUUGUUCAGAGUUAACAUGUCAAGUUUGUCAUGUAAACAUUGAUAAAUUCUCCCCCUUUUGAAUUUAAUAGGACAGAAAGAUGCCAGCUUUUAUUUUCA